GAGGACGCCCGGCUGGAGCUACCCUGGGCAACCUAGCCCGCACUCCCUGCCCUUCGCUUCGCCCCGCCACCGUCUCCGCGCCCCCGCCGCCCUCGCUCUGCGCUUCUCUUCUACCCUCCCGCCUGUCCGGAGCUCCGCCACCGGCGAGUGCGGCGAGGCCGGCGCGAUGCGGCAACUGUGCCGGGGCCGAGUGCUGGGCAUCUCGGUGGCUAUCGCGCACGGGGUCUUCUCCGGCUCGCUCAACAUCCUGCUCAAGUUCCUCAUCAGCCGCUACCAGUUCUCCUUCCUGACCCUGGUGCAGUGCCUGACCAGCUCCACCGCGGCGCUGAGCCUGGAGCUGCUGCGGCGCCUGGGGCUCAUCGCAGUGCCCCCCUUCGGCCUGAGCCUGGCUCGCUCCUUCGCGGGGGUCGCGGUGCUCUCCACGCUGCAGUCCAGCCUCACUCUCUGGUCGCUGCGUGGCCUCAGCCUGCCCAUGUAUGUAGUCUUCAAGCGCUGCCUGCCCCUAGUCACCAUGCUCAUCGGCGUGCUGGUGCUCAAGAACGGCGCGCCCUCGCCAGGGGUGCUGGCGGCCGUGCUCAUCACCACCUGCGGCGCCGCCCUGGCAGGAGCUGGUGACCUGACAGGCGACCCCGUUGGGUACGUAACCGGCGUGCUGGCGGUGUUGGUGCACGCCGCCUACCUGGUGCUGAUCCAGAAGGCGAGCGCAGACACGGAGCACGGGCCUCUCACCGCACAGUAUGUCAUCGCGGUCUCCGCCACCCCUCUGCUGGUCAUCUGCUCAUUCGCCAGCACCGACUCCAUCCACGCCUGGACCUUUCCAGGCUGGAAGGACCCCACCAUGGUUUCCAUCUUCGUGGCCUGUAUCCUGAUCGGCUGUGCCAUGAACUUCACCACACUGCACUGCACCUACAUCAACUCCGCGGUGACCACCAGCUUCGUGGGCGUGGUGAAGAGCGUUGCCACUAUUACGGUGGGCAUGGUGGCCUUCAGCGACGUGGAGCCCACCUCUCUGUUUAUUGCUGGAGUCGUGGUGAACACCCUGGGCUCCAUUAUUUACUGCGUGGCCAAAUUCGUGGAGACCAGAAGACAGAGCAACUAUGAGGAUUUGGAAUCACAGGCGGCAGCAGAGGAACCACAGUCAAGUGGGGACCUGAUACCUUUUGCUAUGGAGGAGCUGCCUGCCGAGGGUGGAAAUAGCGGGUCGGAGGGUGCAGAAAGGGCAGGUGGCUCUGUACAUCAAGGUGGGCAAGAGGCAAGGGGCAGUCCCAGAGGAGUCUCACUGGUCGCUGGGAGCUCAAGCAUAGAAGAGCAUUCUGAUGAAGGGGGUAGGAAGUCCUUAAAGGACGCUUACUUGGAAGUGUGGAGGUUAGUGAGGGGAACUAAGUAUAUGAAGAAGGAUUAUUUGAUAGAAAAUGAGGAGUUACCCAGUCCUUGAAAAAGGCAUGCAUGUAUGUACAUAUGUACAUACGGUUAUUUUAUAUGGUAGAAAUAACGUUUAAGGAAGGGCCUCCAGUUUUAUCUGAGGAGCAGGGGAAGAGAAGACAGCAAAAGCUGAAAGGGGCCAGCAGAGAUGAAUGAGCACCUAUUUCUUAUUUAUUAAUUACUUAGUGGGACUUUGCCUGGGGUACCACAGAAGGAAGAGACCCGUGCAGGUGCUUACAAAAUCAAAAAGGGAUUUCAGCUUCAGACUCCUGGACAUUUAUUUUUUGUCUUUAUAAUCAUAACCAAAUAUUUGCAUGUACCAAGAGUCCCUCGGCCACCCCUUCCAAAGAUGGCUUGUAGCAAUGAUGACAUCACUUAAUAAGUUCAAAGUCACAUUCAGGGGCACAUUUCUGAUGACAGAACUAUAGUUUUUAUUGCCUGCGAGGCAAAGAGUAUAUUGUUGAAAUGGCAUUUAUUAAUGCACUGAAUUGUUUACUCUUCGGAUCAUCUGCAAUAUCCUGUUUACUCGAAUUUUCCUUCCUUCGUUUUUUAAAUGAGUAUUCUAUUAUUCUAUUAUAUAUUAAUAGGAAAUGUUGACGCUAUUUUGAAGACAUGUGUUCUUAGCUUUGAUGAUGAAGUCUAAAGUUUGCUCUUUGUAAUUAUAUAUCUUAAAGGCUGUUGGGGUUCCUUGCUUUCUAAUAUUUAUUAUUGAAUGCUAUAACCUUUUAAAAAGUCCAUUUUCCCUCAUGUAAUACUCUCUCAAGCAAAUGCAGUGGCUGGAAUAUAAUUCAGUGUUGACUGUAGAACAGUCAGAAGGGAAACAGGCUGCCUUGGAGAGCAACCCAAGUCAUACUGCACACCCCCAAACUCUGUUACAAAAAGAGCAACUGCUAUAUUCGCAUUAUGAUAUUUUUCUAUCUUAUAUUUGUCAAAAUAAAGUGUGAGCCUAUCUGUAAA